GAGCGCAGGAGAGCGUCGCUCUGUGCGCGUCUCUCUGUGACCGGAGGGCUCCUUGACGCGCAUCUGGCAUUCGUCCCCGGAGUUACACUAGCUAUAUGGAAACAUGUCCGACGUUCCCCAGGUCGUCAAAAUCGGGAUUUCAUUGAAGAUGCUCCCCAACAACACGGCGGUGUACUUCAAAUCGGACGGGGCCCGGUUCGGACAAACCCGCACCAUCAAACUGCUCACCGGGUCCAAGUACAAGAUCGAGGUGGUCGUUAAACCCGGAGCUGUCCAGGCCACGUCAAUGAGUGUGGGUGCAGUGACCUUUCCCUUGGAGCAGCAAUCUAAAGAUCCUCAGUCUGCCGUCUACACCGGCCUGUAUGAUACAGAAGGAGUAGGACACACGAAGAGUGGAGAAAGGCAACCCGUUCAAAUCAACAUACAGUUCACAGAGGCAGGAAUGUUCGAGACGGUGUGGCAAGUGAAGUACUACAACUACAAUAAGAGGGACCACUGCCAGUGGGGGAACAGCUUCAACAGCAUCGAGUAUGAAUGCAAACCCAACGACACGCGUACGCUCAUGUGGGUCAACAAGGAGAUGUUUAUCUGAUGGCCGUGGAUGGACAAGUCAAUAUGAUUUAACUUUUCUCCGUCCACUCUUUGAAAAGAAAACACACACUUUUCCACUUCUGUGCUGUAAAAGAUGGCAUCUGUUCCUCUGUCAGUGUGCUACAAGUGCAGUGAUGUUGUGAAUCUUUACGUGGGGUUUUGUGUGUUUACAGUGUUAAUCAUACAAAUUUAACCUGUUGGGAUAAUUAUGUGUUUGAAGAAUUUGGAAUAUUUGAGAUUAGGAGAUAAAUAUCUUCUUUUCCCUCAGGGUCUGGUAAUCUUCAAGUGUGGUUAGACUUGUGCGUAUAUACUGUAGCUGUGUAAAAAUGCCUGGGUUUACAUUAACUGUGGUACCAAUGUGGCUUGUCUACAUGUAUAUAUUUUGAGAGUGUGUCUAGAUGCAGGAAUAUUUAUUUCAAAGUCUUUUUUGUACAUUUUGUGUCACUUCUGAGAAUAAGAUAAAGCAAAAUGUACCAUGUUAAAAUUUACCAAAACCAGUAGAAUGAAGAAUUUUCCAUUUUUUAUUCUAAACACUGUCUUUGAGGUUUAAAUCAAACUGUCGAUGAGUAAGGUAUUUUCCAUAUGGUCUUCUUUAGUGACUUGCCAUGCCAUCUUAAGGUGCUAAUAAUUAAAAAUGUUGGGUUAAAAGAUCAGGGCUAAAUAUCAUCUAUAAUUUUAUAAUUUUUAACUAUAAUAUAAUUUUGCAGUGACAUUGGGGCGAAGCUUUUCCAAAUCAGUGCCUCUAAAGCAUUCAAUUAUCUAAAAUGUUAUUGUCAAGUUUUCAACCACCACGCACACCUUUAAUGAUGAAGGGAAAAAAAAAAAGAUUUUGGAAUGAAAUCCUUUUUUGUUUUAUUAUUUUGUGGUAAUAUUUUGAACAUUGUCAGUGGUUGUGGUAGGAAGUGGGGAUUUGUGCCCCCGUCUACAACAUGUUUGUCCUCUCUGCCUCCUCUGAAGGACCUAUGUAUGUCUGUGUUUGAUGAGAAGAAAUCACUAAUGUGAAACAUCCCUCAGCUUUAAUUGUUGAUGACAUAGCCAAUGACUGUUUUUUCUAAUUUUUGUGAUGAAUUGUUAAUUUAUUUAAGUUCCUUUCUAUUCUCUAUUAUUUCAUUUGGAUAAAUUGUUCUUUAAAGUUCAAUAAAUAAAAAAAAACUAUUUUUCUACAGAUAUUUUAAACCUUUGUAAAUUGUGUACAUUUUGAUAGUACAAAAAAAAUACAUUGAUUUACACCCUGAAUUGACCUAUGCAAGAAUAGAAAGCAACAUAAAUGACAUUGAAAUAUAUAGUUAUAGCUAUAACAUUUUCAAUUAAAA